UAUGUCGGAUGCCAUGGAAACGCGACGCUCUCCUCGAUUUUCCAUGUUAAGAAGGAUCCUGGAUAAUUUAUGUGAGAGGUAACAGCAAGGCCCAAGAUGAGUCAGAAAGCAGUAAAAGUGGUCGUUGAACUACACCUGAGGGCGAUAACUUGUCCAGGGGUGCAUUUACCAGCCAAAGAUGACGUCUACCUCAGUGUGUCUCUAAUGAACCAAUACAGGACAUCAGGAUGUCUUCCUGCAGUUUUUCCAUUACUGUUUCGGGAGAAAAUUAGGUUUGAAAAGAUUCAGAAGUUUGCCACCGAUCCAUGUGCAAUUGCUGAAUUCUUACAGUCUGAAACUGUAAAAGUUGAACUCAUUCAGUUGAUUCCUCCAGCUGGUGAAAUACUGGCCAGUUAUGAGGAAGAUGCUCGAAGCUUUCUUUUCCCAGAGCCUAAGCUGGUCCCAUCUUUCUCUGGCGUACAGAGAGAAGUAUUAAUGACACGGGCUUCCACUUUUUCUGGUAUUUCUCCAAGGUUAGAGUUCUCUUCAAAGACAACAAUCAGUGAAAUCUCCACCUCUGUUCCUGUGAGUGCAAUGACAAGGAAGACUGCAAAGACGUCUCAGCAGCAGUGUAGAACAUCAUCCCAAAGACAUCUCUCUUCUGCUCCAUGGAGGCAAAGACAACUCUGGGACAGAGAUCAGGUUCACAUGAAGGAGUCCUGGUCAGAUGGACAGUCUUCUUUCCACUAUUCACCUGUUUCUGGCAGAAGCUCCAGAUUAAGGAGUGUGUCACCUCAUUAUUCAACACCAUCAAGAGAAGCAGGAAUCUCAAGAGGAAGCUAUUCCAGACCUUUGGUCCCUGACGUGGACUCUUCAGACACAGAUGAUCUCCUUGACUUUGCUGAGGGAGUGGGCCAUCAUCAUUCCCUAAUGGACUAUGAGAGAUCUCCCAGCUCAAGUCACUCCAGCACAGAAAGCCAGAGACACAAUGUCUCUCUCUUGGGCUCUUCUAAUGUGUGGGAGGAAGUACAAGAACGCAUUCAAAGCCUUUUAACAUCUCCCAAAGCAGUUCAUAGACUAACCUGCGGUGCCACUGACUCAGAGAUAGAUGAAGUUCUAUUACGGAGAUCUAUUUUGGAACACUCGUGCCCAUUCUAAAGACCAAUGUGUACUAUAAGGAAGCGAUGAAGCUAAAGUCCCCAUUCCAGCUGUGAUUUCCUGUGGCAUUGCAUCAUAUUCCAUUCUCUAGUGCAUGUGUUACGUUUGUAGAUAUGUUUUUGUUGUAGAUAUAAAAAGUGAACUAGUAUAUUCCUAGUGUUUUUGAAGCUGAUGAAGGGUGCUCUUAUCCUAGCUGAAUGGCUAUUAAACAUGACAAUAAAAUGGCAGAUUUUGUGCUUUUGACAGUGUUUUCUAAAAAUAUAAUCCUCAAGAGCAAAAAAACCCCCAACAAAACAAAACCCCUGCUCCGUGCAGAUUAGAGUCCUAUGUCUCUUAUCCUGUAUAAUAAAGAAGAAGAAAAAAAACCUCAAGAUGAAAAAAAAAACAAAACAUUAGAUAGUGCUUUAAUCAUGUCCUGUCCCUUUUUGCAUUUUACUGUAAUGCAAAUGCUCUUACCUUUGUUUAUUAAUGCAUUUCUAAUGCAGUAACUGCUUUGGUUGAUUGUCAGUGUUGGGUAAGUUACUCUAAAAAAGUAACUAAUUACUAACUACUAAUUAAUCUUCUACAGUGUAAUUAGAUUUCUGUACUAAUUACUCUGUAUGAAAAGUAAUUGCAUUACUUAUUACUAAUUACUUUUUAAAACCCUUAUCAACCUCGACCAGAUGAAAAAUACAUGGAUAGACAUGAAAUUGUUCUUUUAAUUCUUUCAAAUAAAUCAUACAAAAUCAAAUAAAUUGUUCAUGAACUGGCCAAAGAAUUUAAGGGGGCAGCGUUAAAUUAGAAAACAUAUAUUUUAACAUUAGAUGUAAAAUUUCGAUAUUUAAUUCACUAUUGUUUUAUAUAGAAUUGUUCUAGAGUCUAUACAGUAUUUAACAUAAUUACAUCAGAAGUAACUAAUUCAAUUACUGAAAAAUUAAGAGUAAUCCCUUACUUUUUUCAAUGAAAAAGUAAUUUAAUUACAGUAAUUAAUCACUUAGUAAUGCAUUACACCCAGCACUGUUGAUUGUCAAGUUAAAAUGACUCAUUCUGUUUGUGUGAGGGAGCCUCAGGAGUGUUAUCUGGGAUACUGUAGCUGAAUUGCCCCCUCUGACUUCAUUUCCCCUUGAGGUUUCAAUGAAAUAUAUCCAUCUAUAUCUAUGAAUAGAAACUUAUGUGUUAGCCAUGGCCGUUGUCUUGUGUUACACAAAGAACAUUCUGUACACUCAAAGUAUACUCUGUUUUUGCAAUAGAACAAUGCAAGUUGAAAUUGUUAACUGAUUAACAUGUCAUACCAAAAGAAUAAUUUAUGAAGACACAGAUAGCUUUUUAGAUAAUUUUCUAUAUAGCCCUUACUUGUGAUAUGAAGAACAGAAUAAUAGGUCAUUGAAAAUAUAAUUUACCAGAAAAUAUUUGUUUUUGUUUGUUUUUUUAGGAGGGGGACAAUGCAUUAUUUUUCAGGUGUUGACAUGUUUGUCUUUAUUAUUUUGUAGAUACACAUACAGUACUUUUUGAAUCAUACAGUAUAACUAGUUUGACUACUGUAUAAACACAGUUGUACAAUGAUGUGCUUUACAGUGUAAAUUCUGUUUCAGAACUCCAAACACAGACCAUUAAUGCUUCACAUCAAUAGUUUUCCCUUAUUUCUGAUGUAACACAGAAUUUUAAAGAAAUUAAAUAACAUGAAAGAAACGUAAAAGUGGCUCAGUGAUAUAAAUUUGGCACUGAUGUUUAAGUGCCCUUAAAAUGUAAUAGUUGUGUGAUUCGUUAAAAAAAUAAAAUAAAAUCAGUGGCUUGCUGAAGAAACUAUUAAGGUUUGCCACCUUCACUGUUAAUUAUGACAAAAUAAUGUAUUUGUAUGUUGAAAGUUUGUACCAAGGAUUUGCUUUUCACUCUAAAAGUCAUUUCUGUACUCCUCAUCAAAUUGCUUCAUGCAAUAUUUUGUUUUAAUUUUUAAAAGUUUGUAUAAAAAUGUUAAUUUCUUAUCAUCACAUUCAAUUUGGCACACAUUUGAAAUGAAAGACACACUAGGCUAAUAAACAUUUGGCUUUCAAUAGCGAGUGCAAUUACAGAAAUAGCAACAUAUUUGACUCUGCUGAGUGUAAAACAAAAGAUUAACUUAGACUGCAAAAGACAAAAAAUUCAAAGCAAAUGUUUUCACUGUAAAGUCGGAGGUUUUUGUAAUAUAAUAGCAUUGUCUAGCUAGGAACAUGCUCUUUGUUGCAAUGCAUACUGUACAUCAAACUGCUGAGUUUCUGUUAAAUCAAUGGACACGCAGUAUUGCACAGAGCUCGUUCUCAUACACAUAUACAAACUUCUGAACCUCAUCUACUGCUUAAAAGCAAUUAAGCAACUGGUUAGAAUGAAAUCAAAGGAAUAAACUGCAGUUAAGAAAAAAGAAUAUAAAAUGCAUUUGCAUAACUCAUGGCGACAUGUGAAAGGCAUAUUUAACCCCAAAAUGACAAUUCUGUCAUUAUUUAAUCACCCUUUUGUUACUCCAAAACUGUAAGCUGUUAUUUCUGAGAAGAAGAAUUUUUGAAGAAUCUUCAUGCAUCUCUUUUCAAAUGACAUUACGUUCAUAGUGACCAUACAGUAUGCAGUAUGUCCAGCUCUAAAAAGAACAAAAAAGCACAAUUAAAGCCCAAUAAAAGUAGUCUAUAUGACACACACUCUAUAAUCCAAGUCUUCUGAAGCCAUACGAUAACUUUAUGUGAUGAAUAGACCAAAAUGUAAGUAAUUAUUAACUGAAAAUCUUCCCACCUGUCGAAGCUUUAAAAUCUCACAAGACUGCCUUCAGAAAAAUGGUGCGUUAAUUCAUUGGGUCAAGUUUGACAUCAUUAAUGCCAAACCCUAUUGGUUCGACAGUAACAAAACAAUCAUUUGAAAAUGCGGGAUGGACAUGGCAAGGCCUAGGAGGGAUUUUCCUUGUACCCCCCCC